AUGCCAGACUACUCUUGCUCCUUCGUAAUCAGGAACCAUACCGACGCGCCGUUGGCGUUUGUGUGGAAAUCUGAGCCCGUUCACGGUCAUUGGGAAGAUGAAACGAUUCCUGCUGCUAUCGCCCCUCAUAACGAAGCUAUAAUCAGGUUAAAGGACAACUUUGGGUUCGAGGGUUCCGAGGGCUCCAUUACCUUCGGUGUGAAAUGGCCUUUUGCUGCUCCAGGUCCCAACAUCUUGAUGGGCAUGAGAUUGCCGUAUAGCGCCAGUGAAGAUUUUCCGGCUAUAAGCUGGGCAAAUAUUGAGUACGAUCCGCAGGAAAUAUUGGAGAUUCAUCAGGAGCAUCCUCCACGGACCGGUGUUAAUCCCAUCACCGGAAUUUUCAAAAUCCACUAUAGGGAGAACCCGUCUUUCCAAGUCAAUCUCGAUAGGAUCAGUCUUCCUAAUCCGCUUUUCCCCGUCUUGGAGGAGAAUGGCCUUUGUCCCAAUUUUGACAUCGACCACCCCCUGUGGUCUGCAGCGGAAGCGGGGAAGGCCAUCGCCGCCACAACGUGCGUGAACUCUACUCCAAAGAUCAAACUGGUCGGAAAGGUCGACCCCAAGCUCGCAAAAUUCGAACUCAAGAUGGUUGGAGAAUGCACCGACUACGGCCACGGCAGCAUUUCCACGAUUGAAGCCGAUCUUCCGGUGGACAAGAACACUGGCGACUACGAAGUGCUGGUUCCUCUCGCUCUCAACAACACUCACCCGGGCAUUGCUUGGGGCUUCCAGGGAACCAUCAGCUGGAAGGUACUAAUCAAGAAUACUGGAAAGUCUAUCCCAGUCACAACUUCCCCAAUUGAAAUCUAUGCCGUCUCCCGUGCAUUGCACAAAUUCCUCGCGGUCGAAGGGAUCCCACUCCAUCUCCUCCGCUUUAUUGUCUUGCCAACCCGGAACUGGCCGCAAGCGCCCGGUGGAGUCACAAACUAUGUGGAGUAUGUCGUGAAGCGCAUCCACGGGGAAUCUGGCUUCAAAUAUGACGCAGUGGCAGGGGGCACCUCAUAUGCAUCAUUGAUGGAUGCCGAUCUCACCGACCCGGGGUCUUUCCAGCUGGCCAAGUGGCUCAAAAACCAGCAAAUAACAUCAAAAAAGGAAAAGGAAUGCCAUGUGAACUGCUUCGACCAAGCGGGUAUCGUGGGGAUCUGUCUGGGCUUCUUCUUUCCCGAUAAUUAUGAAGAUAGAUCACAAGGACUACGGUGGUUCAUGAUGUUCCCGUUUGGAUUUGUGGAGGGCGAUCUUGUUGGUUGGGGACCGGUAAACAGCCCAUUUUUUAAAGGAGAUAAAGACAUGAUGAUACUGGAUGCGAAAGACCCCAAACGCACGGCCUUCAAGACGCAUGUGUUCAUCACAUAUAAUGGGAAGGUCCUUGAUGCCACGUGUGGGCCCAAAACAGGCACCUUAACACUCAACGAAUACAUUGCAACGGCCAUUGAUCACACCGAGGGCUUAGGUACAGACAUUGACUGGUAUAAGCUUAAGGGUCCUGGAACCUUCAGUGCCAUUACACUCCAUUCGACUAUGGCAGACCAAGGUGGAAACAACGAUUUCAAUCAAAUCUCGAGGGAUAACGAUGGAGAUGCAGAUUUUGAGGAGAUCGAUACGGUCAUCGAGGCGGUGAUUGAGGAAGUUACCGUUGGUGCGAACAAGCCAAAAUUCAACUCCAAAGAGGAUCUGAUCACACGAUUUAAUGUCAAUAAGCUCCUGGAAGAAAUGCAGAGUACCUUUGAGGGUUCCUUCAAGAUUAACGGUGAUAUCUACCAUAGUCAAAUCACCGAUUUCAAGAAUGGGGGUCAUCAUGUCUGCUGGAAUCUGAACUUUACGGAUACAGAAAAUAAAACGCAUGCUGUUAGCCUCGAUAUAUUUAUCUCCAGGCGCACGUUUACUUCCCGGUUGGCAUUGAGAAGAUUUAUGAGGUUGAGUAACAACCCCGGCAAUGCGGAGGUGAAGACAACAAAAGGUGGUGUCAAGUAUCAACUUGAAGAGGGAGCUCUCUCUCGUGCUUACUGGGUUUACGGAACCCUGUGUGUUAAUCUCUCCGCACACAAAGACCUUAGUCACGAUGCCUUCGUGUCCGUGGUGGAGGAGCUUCAAAAGUUUUUGGGGAAGAAUGAUUCUUCUGAUGAAACGGAGGUAUCAGUGAGCAAGCCAGUUUAUAACAAAGAAGAGCAAGCAAACUUGAAGGUUGGAAAAACAAUGAAAGUUGGCAUAAAUGUGGAGAGGGCAGUCGAAUUCAAAUGGUCCUAUAUUUACGGGAACGUCGUUGUGGUGGGUGUCGAGAAGCCAAGCGGAGUGUCGAAUACCUACACCUUUGAACUGUACGCCCGAAAGCCCGGCUUCGAUAAUGUAACCUUCACGUUUGUGGACGAGUUCUACAGACAUAAUAGCGCGAGCAUGUAUGUCAACGUUGAGCCGUGA